AAACAUGGGAUCCCUGUACCGGUGACCCCAAAAAGCCCCUGGAGUAUGGAUGAGAACAUCAUGCACAUCAGCUAUGAAGGGGGGAUCCUGGAGAACCCUAAGAACCACGCACCAGAAGGACUGUUUGUGAAAACGAAAGACCCCAGCACCUCCCCGAGUACCCCUGACAUCCUGGAAAUUGAAUUUAAGAGGGGUGUCCCCGUACAGGUCACCAACGUGCGGGAUGGGACGCGGCAUCACUCCGCACUGGACCUCUUCACUUAUCUCAACCAAGUGGCGGGGAAGCACGGCGUGGGGCGGAUAGAUAUUGUGGAGAACCGAUACAUUGGCAUGAAGUCACGAGGUAUCUACGAGACGCCGGCUGGAACCAUCCUGUACCACGCUCACUUAGACAUCGAGACGUUCACCAUGGACCGGGAGGUGCGCAAGAUCAAGCAGCAGCUGUCGCUGAGGUUCUCCGAGCAGGUCUACAAUGGUUUCUGGUACAGCCCCGAGUGCGACUUUGUCCGUUCCUGUAUCUCCAAGUCCCAGGAGCAGGUGGAGGGUAAAGUGCAGGUGUCCAUCCUGAAGGGUCAGGUCUACGUGCUGGGCCGAGAGUCGCCCCAAUCUCUGUACAACGAGGAGCUGGUCAGCAUGGACAAGCAGGGAGACUACGAGCCGUGCGACGCUUCUGGAUUCAUCAGGAUCAACGCUGUCAGGUUAAAAGAAUAUCACCGAGUGGGGAAGAAGGUCACAGCUCCCGCGAAAUGAAAACAGGAGGAAAAGAAAAAAAACACGAACAAAGCUGCGGCGAUAGAAGAGGAGUGCGGCGCUGAGUGCGUCUUAUCCCUAUCCCAUCUCUACUUCACCGCCAUCUCUGAUUGGUCGCUUUGAUCAAAUGUUUUGUGCAUUAAAUCGCAGGUUAGACUGAUCCUCAACGAAAAACAAACACUGGAGGGUGUGUGGGAUGGAAGGGGUUAACAGCGCCAGUAUUAUUUCUGUAGUCAAUUAAAAGUAAAUAAAAGCCG